AUGGUAGUCCAAGCGGCAGUAGUCCAGGAUAAAUCUGAAGAUUGUCAAGCGCCCCAACAACAAACAGAAGUAUGUAGUGUGGAAGCAGAGGACUGGAGAAAGAUUUUUGGGGACAAGAUAUUCCGUUGUUUAUCACAAGAAGAAGCAGAGAUAGUUAUGGCUACAACUCACAAUGCUGAACACCAAGGUAUGAGAAAGCUUUUCCUACAGUUGUAUGAAGAGGGGUUUUACUGGCCUACGAUGGAAUUUGAUACAGCCGAACAUGUAAAGAAUUUCCAGCAAUGUCAAAGCCAUGGACUACUAAUCCGCUCUCCGCAUACCCUGCUGCAUAGUGUCGUGACCCCUUGGCCUUUCCAUAGUUGGAGGCUCGAUAUUAUUUGGAAAAUAAGCUCGACUUCAUUCGGACGACAUAAUUAUAUCAUCACUGCGACUGAAUAUUCUUCCAAAUGGGUUGAAGCCAUUCCGCUCCGGGAUUACUCAGGUGCCACGAUUGCUGCAUUCGUCAUAGAACAUAUCAUAUGUCGAUUCGGUGCACCUAUGAUUAUCCGCUCGGAUAAUGGUACCUCUUUUGUUAAUCAAACAGUGAAAGAAUUGUCGAAUCAAUAUGGAAUCAAGUUUCAUACUUCGACUGUCUACUAA